AUGCGGCGAGUUGUCGUGACUGGCCUCGGCGCCAUCACGCCUCUCGGGCUCGGCAUCCAACGGACAUGGGCUCGUCUCAUUGCUGGCGAGUCUGGCAUCGUCAGCGUUGCGGAUCGAGAACCUCGACAACGAUGGCGAGAGCUGACAUGUACCGUUGCCGGCGUCGUUCCUCAAGGGCCUGGCGGGAAGGCUGACGGCUUGUGGAAGGCCGAUGACUGGCUGAGUGCCCCGGAGCAGCGACGCAUGUCGGCUUUUACGCAGUAUGCGAUUGCAGCUAGCGACAUGGCUUUGAAGGAUGCUGGGUGGGAGGCAUCACGAGUUGAGGACCAAGAGGCUACGGGAGUGUGUCUUGGGAGCGGUAUUGGGAACCUGGAAGAGAUGUAUGACACGAGUCUGUCUCACGGUAGAGAUGGAUAUAAGAAAGUAUCGCCGCUUUUUGUGCCCAAACUCCUCAUCAACAUGGCGGCGGGGCACAUUGCCAUGAGGCACGGAUUCCAAGGCCCAAACCAUGCCGCAACGACGGCUUGCACUACCGGCGCGCAUUCUAUUGGGGAUGCAGCUCGGUUCAUCGCACUGGGAGAUGCCGAUGUCAUGGUUGCUGGAGGAUCAGAGUCCUGCAUCCACCCUCUCACUUUUGCCGGCUUCGGCAGGGCAAGAUCCCUGGCCACAGCGUACAACGAUAGGCCGCAGGCGGCAUGCCGCCCUUUUGAUGCCGAUCGGAAUGGCUUUGUCCUUGCUGAGGGAGCAGCAGUGUGCGUCCUCGAGGAGCUUGAGUAUGCAAAGGCCAGGGGAGCCAAGAUUUAUGCCGAAGUGAGCGGGUACGGCUGCAGUGGUGAUGCAUACCACAUGACGGCGCCCCGAGAAGAUGGACAUGGAGCAUAUCUGGCGAUGAAAAAGGCCUUGAAGAGCGCGGGCGUCAAGCCAUCUCAAGUCGACUACGUGAAUGCACACGCUACGAGCACGCAGGUGGGAGACUCGGCCGAAGCUGCCGCUAUUAAACGGAUCAUGAUGGGUGACGAAGGCGUUUCAUCCGAAUCUGAAGUCACCGUAAGCAGUACCAAGGGCGCAAUAGGGCAUUUGCUAGGUGCAGCUGGAGCAAUCGAAGCCCUCUUCUGCAUCCUGGCAAUUCAUGAGGGAGUUGUGCCGGCUACUUUGAAUCUGGAGCGGCCGAAUGUAGACGUCAACUUCAACCUUGUCCCCUGCACAUCCCAGGAGAAGGAAGUCAAGGUUGCAAUGAGCAAUAGCUUUGGAUUUGGGGGAACCAACAGCACGCUUGUGUUUACCAAGUUUGAGUAA